CGCGUUCCUUUUGUAGCGUGCUUCCUCUUUGCCGUAUUUAUUGCUGGAAAUAAGACUAUAUCUGACUAAAUAUUGUGGAAAAGUGUGUAUUAAAGAAGAGAACAUCGUAAUACACAGAAAAUAGCAGCAGCGCAAUAGUAUUAUAUCUAUAAUUAAUUAAAAUGACGCUCUCCGUGUUGGCGUCGUUUGAUGAUCUGCGACGCUGCAUGCAGGUGAUGAUGGAUGGCAAUGCCGAGGAGGAGUUUCUUCGCUUCCUGCGCCUGUUCGAGCAGUACAAUGAUAAAUGCCACGGUUAUGCGACACAAAAUGCGCGUUUGCAAACGGAGCUGGAUAAAUCGCUGGCCAAGAUGGGCGAUCUAGAGGGGAAGUUGUAUCAUGCACGCCGCAUCAUCGACACAGAGAUCAAGUCACGUCGCCAGGCGGAGCACGAACGCGACGCGAUGGAGCACAAAAUAAUGGCCGUAGCUGAUCUGCUGCGACACGAGCGCAAUUUGAACAAUGAGACGCGUGAUAAGUUGGCCUUCUUGAAUACGCUGCCGUCGGGAGCGACGCGCAAGCGUAAAUCUCUGAAUACCCUGCACGAGGAUAAGUCGUAUGGGGACAUCAAUUCGACAGGUUCGUUGCUGUCGGAUUUAUCUAUCACACACUCAGAGGAUGAUUUUCUUGAUGUGCGUCGCUCGAAGUCGUGGUAUGAGCAUCGUCCGUCGUUGCCCAAGAAUCCGGUACCGUGUGUAGGAAACAAGCGUUCCCGCUUGAGCGGCGGUGGUCACAACAACAGCAACAUUGGCACACCAACGAUGACAUCGCGUCGCUCCGGCGGUCGCGUGGAUCAGCACACAUUGGAUGUGGGUCAGGGAGCCGAGCGCUUUUGUGCCACCACCAAGGUGACAAUACCUCAGGAUGGCCAAGGUAUCAUUCGAGCCGAGUCCACAAUUCAAUCGCUGCCCGGCCCUAUUGCCCAGGUGCACAUUCCAGCCGAGGUCCAGAGUUCUUCAACGCCACAGCGUCGCUCUACUGUAAAGGAACCAACGGCGCCACCACAAACACCACACAAUCCCAUGGCAAUGGGCUCGUCGCCGGCACAGAAUCGUCUUUUAAUGCGCAAGCACAGCUUCAGCCAGAAGACCUUUCUACGCGGAGACAACUGUGUCCAGUGCCAGAAACGGAUUCGCUUUGGAUCUGUGGGUUUGCGAUGUCGCGAUUGUCCCGUUCGCUGUCACAUCGACUGUCGCUUUCUGCUGACUGUCGCCUGUGUGCCGCAAUCGGGCACUCCGACGGCCAAGACGGAGAUGCACUAUCUGAGUGACUUUGCGCCAACGAUUGCACCAAUGAUACCCGCACUGAUUGUGCACUGUGUGAAUGAGAUUGAGGCACGUGGCCUCACCGAGGUUGGUCUGUAUCGUAUGUCGUCGUCGGAGCGGGAGUAUAAGGCGCUCAAGGAGCAGUUUUUGCGUGGCAAGGUGACACCACAUUUGGGCAACACGGACAUUUAUGUGCUGUGCUGCUGUGUGAAGGAUUUCUUGCGCACGUUGCGCGAACCACUGAUACCAACCAGCCAGUGGAAGGACUUUGCCAAUGCGGUCCAAAAUCCAGAUAACAAACUGGCCGAGCAAUUAUUGUACAAGGCGGUGGAGCAAAUGCCGCCUGCCAAUCGCGAUACAAUGGCCUUUCUCAUGUUGCACUUUCAGCGCAUUGCAGAUUGCCCGGUGGUAAUGAUGCCCAUCGAUAAUAUAUCCAAGAUAUUUGGACCGACAAUUAUGGGUUAUUCAUCGCGGGAUCCGGAUCAGCAUGCCCUCUACACGGAAGCCUUUACACAGUCGCAGGUGAUUAAGUCGUUGCUGGAACUGCCGGGGACUUUUUGGCAGAAGUAUCUCGCCGUGGAGCCAUCGCCACUGCCGAGCAGCGCCGUCAAGCGUGCGCCCAGCAACAAUAGGGAUUUGUUUUCGCUUUACGCCACGCCACUCAAGGGCACCAUGAAGAAGCGCAAGUUUUAUGCCACUCCGCCCAUUUCUGCGCACAAGAAGUGAGAUCAACAUCCGUCCACAUUUUCUCAUGCAUCGCUGGCGUGUUUACUUAAAUUCAACAUCAAAGUAUUUCAAUUUUUUUCUUUUGUUGCACUUAUCGAAAGUGUUAAAUUUAUAGAGUUCUUGAAUGUAAUUAUAAACCUUAUUCAAAUGCUGUUUAAUACAUAGCAGCUUUAUUUUGAUUACCUUUUCAUAAAUCUCAUGAUUACAAAUACACCUCUUUUGAUAAUGAAUAUUAUAUUUGUAUUACAUAUAUUUUGUAUAAUAAAUACACUGAACAAGUCUUUGGAGACGACAAAUAAAUUUAUAUGAAUUA